UGGCCGACUUCAACUUCAAGACAACCACAAAACACAAGGAAGAUUUUCGUGUGCGUCGCCGUACACGACAUGGCCUGUAAAACACGGUCACGUUGUCUUAAUAAACUCUGUGUCUCCAACCUAUCAAAAUGCAAGAUUUGUCCUCCUUCCUCAUAUAUCGCCCGAAAUGUGAACCAACACACGGAGCGUGUACGCACGACAAACUGACAUGAACAUCAUGAAGCUCAUGCACGUGCUUAUUAUGUUAUACCUUGUGAGCAGUGCCGGCGACCUCUGUUAUCAUGCUGUGCAAGCCAGAGUGCGUGUCAAAAACGUGUGCAACAGUCAGCCUUGCCAGAACGGAGGUCAGUGCAUUGAUCUCAGUGAGCCAAGCGGCGUAAAGCGAUUCGAGUGCUCCUGCCUGGAAGGUUUCGAAGGGAUCACUUGCCAGAAGCGGAUAGACCCGUGCGGGAGAGAGCCUUGUCUCAACGGCGGAGUCUGCAUGCCCAAGGGGGAGUACUACCACUGCAUCUGCCCGGAGGAGUUUCAAGAUGGUGGAAGUGGAAGCAGCUGGAGGAACUGCGUCCAGUAUCCGUGACAUGCUCAUUGUACUCAUCGUGUUCUUGGUUCUUCUGCUGAUCGUCCUCGCCUUGAUGUGCCUACAUUGCUGGAGAGUUUACAACCGGCGCUCGGACUUCAAAGCCAUGCGGGAGCAACGUCAGGCAGCGGGAGAGGAGGACACAGGCUGUGCGCCUGGUUGGCUGGACACCAGCAACACUCUGUGCUACGAGUUCUUCUGUUGUCAGAGAAAACCUCAAGGAGAGGAGAGGAACUCCUUGACAAAUGUGUCGGGCAUCAUUUUGCCUCUUCGUGAGUACGAGAAAUUGCUGAGAGAUAAAGGCAAACAUCGAAGCAUAUCGUCCACGUUUUCCAAAAUGAGUUCUCGGCCUUUUAGAAAGUCACACAGGGUGGAAGAAAGACUUUCGCACGAAGAACUAACAGCACAAGAGAGUGGGGGAGAUGAAGAGGAGGGGAGGGAGAAGGAAGAGGAAAAGGAGGAGGGGGAGAAAGAGCAACUUCUUCCGUACGUAGAAUCUAGACGCUCGCCAGAGAAAAACUCCAACCACAAGGUGUCGUCAGCUGGCAAAAUGACCGAGCUUGUCUCCAGGCACAAUCCACAUUCGUCGUACCCGGAGCGAUCGACUCGAUCGAGGAGCAGCAAAAGAGCAGCCUCACGGGGGCCCCAGCACAAAUCUUCAUCUCGCCAGCACAGUCGUGGGGAGCAGCUCAGUCGCGUUCUCAGUCGACCUCACUCCAGUUCUGAUGAGAGUGAGGAGCUAGAGAUCAAGGGACAGGGAGGAACGUGGCCAGCCUCAAACAACCACGUCCAUCUCAGGGAAGAUAGUGGAAAGAUGCCGAGUCGUGUGAGGUCUUACAGUGGCGAUGACGAUCAAAAAUAUGAACAAAAUGAAGUGACAAGCCCUCAAGGACGAGCUGCUGGGACGCACACAAAUAGAAGCGAUAGAAUCUUUCCAAAAUAUAGAAGUGAAGUUACGAUGGGUAUGUAUAGAGACUACCCCAGACUUAAGGCACAGAGAGAUAAUAUCCUGUUGAGAACACAGAGUGACACAGUCUAUAAACAACACCCAAGGAAAGAACAUUCAACAAUAAUAACGACCAGGGACGACCCCACGACACACACAUUUGUAGAUCAUUUAAGGCUCGAAGAACAAAAAGGAAACAACAUGCUGCAAAGACAUAGACGGGACGAUGGGGGAGAAAAUUACGCGGAGCAGAGAAGAAUGAAUGAAGAUUCGGAUAGUAAUGCAACGCAACACUAUGUAGACAGUGCUACAGCGAAAAACCAGAGAGAAAGCGCCAGGUUGCAGGUUUAUGAAGAUCAUUCACAAGACUUACGGGACUACCCUCCAAUGAGAAGCGAGAGGAGUAACGUCAUGCCGCAGACGUAUAGUGAUGAAUUUGCGCCAGUUUCCCGUUCACAAGUGUCUGGAUAUGUCUCUCCAAUCCAUCACUUGCUUGUAGGCUCGCCAAGAGUAACCGUUGAGGACACGGGGCGGAGUGCGGGAGGUCGGCCCGAGCCACGGCGGAUUGUUGGCUCUGUCCGUGACGUCGAUCAUUUAGCAGACAACCACCGACUUCCGCCUGAGAACGACCCCAAUUCUCAGCGCAGCCACCUCCAGCCUACUCAAGUACGCGAGAUGACACAUGACUCUGUGCAGACGGAAGAUAGAGGCAAGUACCGAGAAGACCGCGGAUACGCCGAGGAAUACAAUCCUGGGCAUCACAAUCACCCAGGUUUUCCGCACCGGUCAGACGGCAAUGACUCUCGCCUGACUUACGGGGCCAGUCUCGACGGCGGGCGAUCCACUCGCCUCUCUCACCUUAGAAACUCUUUUGCUGGACUAGGUCAGCAACAGUCGGUGCCUGUACAUCACGUGACUUUUCCUCCUUCCGGACACUUAGCUUUACAGUCCAGUUCAGUCCAAGGACUGAACCGAGAAGCACCCGGUAUACUACAUGAACACUCUAGCUUUACACCACGGCAGACGGUACAAUCCGGUCGUUCCGCUACAAGUGGAUUGUACCGAGACACUUCCACUGGUAUGUACAGAGAACCUUCUCACCUUGAACUCGCCUCUGACAGCCGGGGAGAAAGUUACGAUAUUCCUGUAGGAAAACAACUCCCCCAGCCACAGACGAGUGGAUCAUCUGUUCCUACCUUAGACGGCUCGUCCUUCUCGCAGAGAGAUCAUGUUCGUGCCUCGUCGCCUCGAUGGCACUCGCACAACCCUCGCGAACAAUACACGCUCGACGAGACUCCACGGCGAACCUACGAUGAUAUGCCAUACCAAGGUGGGAUACUGGCGCCCCCUCGUGUCUCCAGGACAGUGCCUAAUGUCUCAGUCUCGUAUCACCAAAACACUCGAGGUAGCAGUCGCCUGUCCCAUGAACCGUCGAAAGCUUCCACACUGCGACUGCCUGAUUCCUACAGCAGACACAGUGAUGCGUCACUGCACACGAUACAGGGCACGCGGAGAGAAGUGAUGACACGCUAUCCACACAGUGGUGAGGUCUUGGCGUCCGAGUCUGUAGGUUCGUCCCCAGACGGGCAGUCAGGGGACAGUGAGGAACCCCCUGCUGGCGACACGGGCUUGUGGGAGAGUAAUCAAAGCAGACAGACGGAGAUGGAUCAGGCUCAUCAGCGGUAUCCUAGAAACCGAGAGGACAGGAACGGUUGUAGGACCUAUGCUAGAUAUCUAAUGAGUCGCCAGCAUCCACAGCAGAAGAGGGAGAGGAGGGCAGUCAGGGAGACCGUAGACAACCUUGAGUUUGAUGAUAGACAUAUGAGAAAGUCUGUCACUUUUGACAGCAGCGGUGUGCUCGAAGUUUUGUCAGAGGAUGACGUCAGCGACGACACCCAGAACACUUCCGCGGAGAGCGACAGCGCAGACAAUGAUAAGAACAAUAGUGAUGAUGACGCCAGAAGCGUUGGGGAGUCCGAAUGCGGUUCAGAGAGGAGCGACGAUGUCGACAUUGACGAUGACGAUGAGGAAGAUGAGAACCAGGCCUAUGACGACGACGGUUACGCCUCCACCACGGGAAGACUGUCGGAGAGCGACGCCGGCGGACGUAGUCGAGACCCGCAGAGUCUACACGCCUACUCUGAGCGCGCCUCCCGUAGACACACACACACGCCCAGGUCGGAGAGGAACAUCACAGACCACGCCAGCCCGCGCAGAAGGUUGAGCUACAGUAACAGGCAUUCGGUUUCACAGCCCUAUCUCUCGGGGAAACGCCGAGCUGGGAGGCAGUCCAAUUCCUCUCUGUUCUGGGGGACACGAAGACGAGAUAAUUCAACAGAAGAGGAAGACCAGGAAGAGGGAGGAGAAAGAGAGAGAAAUUAUAUUCGAACUCGCGUAGAACGCGACAAGACGGGUCCGGUAAUAUACCGCAACACACGAAUGAGACACCCACGAGAAAUUAAGUCGGCUGACAAAGCGCAUACGAAAGGUACCCAGAGGGAGAAGGUAACCCCAAAGAAAUUCAUACGCCGUGGAGAUUUGUUCCGAAACUGUAAACGCCACCUAGGGCAGCCACCAAAGGCUGCACAAGAGAUACACCAAGUCUGUCCCAAAGAUGUGUUGUUAGAAGGCAACGGCUCUCAGAACAGAGGAAUUCUGAAGAAUACUGGACCCCGAGUGCCCCGUAGCUCCCUGGUAGGCUCGAAACAUGCAGAAGAGAAAGUAACGGUGGUCACUGGAGAGCACCCGCAAACCGCCCAUAAAUCCCGUCAGCCAUCGGGGGUCAUUAAGUACUUGGACAACCAUAGCAGCUCAUGCCUGAAGGGAGUAGACAGUUGUCAUCAAGGCUGCUCUGUAAUCCCGGCCUUGAGAUAUACGCGUGGGCAUGUUAUCUCCUCCACCACCAAGCAGAAAAUGGGUACACACAAAAUCUCAACGCCUCAAGACCAUCAGCAUUACAGCAGCAACAGCAAGAAUGACACGCGAAGUGUGAAAACAAAAUCCUACCCACGCCACCCAAGGGCACGUUAUAUGUGUCAAUAAUGGCAGAGCACAACGCGCGUUUCGAAAAGGGAACAAAACUUAACACGUGUCAACAAGAGGUGGCACAUACAGAACAUAAGCCCAUAAGGCAUCGACAGCAGGACGAACUAAUGGUCAAUAGUAGAAAAGUUUGAAAGUUGUGUUGAUACAUAAUAAUUAUUAUUUAUCAUUGUCGGCUCAAUCCACGUUCCGACUUGAGAUACACGUAGUUACAGAAUACAUGUACUUUUAAAGCCUCUUCGCUCAAAGCGUACAUUAUUCCCUCACAAACUAAUGGUCGGAUAGGUCCACAUUUUCAUAGGCCUUUUUUCAUAACGUUUGGUCACUUUGAGAGGUGGUAACAAAGUUGUUUAGGGAAAAAAACCCACAGAGGAAGAGAAAUUUUAAUAACCGAGAAGUUCUUGUACAUGCAACAAAAGAAUAGAGGAACACAUGGCGACUGCCCUUUUUCUAAUGCUCAUGAAAGAUUCGAAAAAGUGUAAUUACAUGUAGGCCUAUAUGCUUGAAACAAUGGAAAACAAUUUAAAGUACUGUACAUGGACCUCUGUGUAAACAAGCAGACUUGGUAUUUUUUUUUAUAUUUCUAAUGGAGAGAAAGUGAGUGUACUCCCACGUCGAUGAGCUGUUUUUGCAGCGCCAGUGAGGAAACUAAUAUGUGUCAGGACGCGUGGAAUCAGGUGCUCGAUAAUUUUGCGGCAUAUGGGGCUAUCAUGGUAUCAUUUUAUAGCAUAAUAAUUUGCUUGCGGAUAAAAAAUACCCAUCUAUCUCUAUGUCUA